AUGAAGAGGAACGCUUGGUGGUUUUAUUCCAAGCGAUGCAAUUCAAGCGUUACAACUAGCCAUUCUAAUAUUUUUGAAUAUUCUUCAUAUUUUGAUAAGUUUAAAACAUACUCAGAAAAUUUAAUUGAGUGUAUAGAAAAAUAUAAAAAGGAUAAUGUUUUUUCAUUGAAUAAAUAUAUAAACUAUAAAAAAGAAAUAAAAGAUGUCAUACAUUUGUUGUUCAAAGAAGAAUCAUUAAAUAAAUUAAAUAGAAAUAAUUUAUUAAGUAUCUUUACAUAUAGUGUUUUAUUAUCUAAUAGGAUAUCUUUUCCACAUAAUGAAAAAAAAAAUUUAUUACUUUUAUAUAUUCAUCAUAAUAUUGAUAAGAAUAAAACAUUUGUAAAUAAUAAGGAUAAUUAUAUGGAUAAUAAAAGUAUAGCUGAUCAAAAUGAAAAAGAAAUAUCAAAGGGAAUGAACAAAGAAAUGUCAAAGGAAAUGAACAAAGAAAUGUCAAAGGGAAUGAACAAAGAAAUGUCAAAAGAAAUGUCAAACGAAAUGUCAUACGAAAUGACCAAAGAAAGGGCAAAAGACUUAUUAUUAAUUUUAAAAUAUAUAUUCUAUUUAAAUGUAGAUUAUGAUAAAUAUAUUUUUAAUCAUAUAUAUCAAGACCUAAAUAAUUAUAUCGAUUUAUAUUCCUUAGAAGAAUUAAAUGUAUGUGUAAAACUAUUAUCAAAUAUUAAAAAUAAAAAAUGGAUAAAUCAUAAAAUUAUUAUUAGAUGUAUAAAUGAAAUAAUAAAUAAAUUUAAAGAUAUAAAAAUUACAAAUCAACAUAUACACAAUAUUAAUCAUAAUGUAAUUAUUAAUAUUAUAAAAGCUUGUUCACGUCUUAACUAUGAAAUAAACGACAUACAAAUAUUGUUAGAUCAUUUCAAAGAUAAGUAUCAAAAAACAGAAAAUCAUGAUAAUGAAAUAGAAAAUACUAUUAAUCAGAAUAAUCAAAAAAAUAUACAUAUGUUAAUAAAAAUUAUUUAUAAUUUAUUCUUAUGUAAUUACUAUAAUUAUAAACAUAUGAAUCAAUUAUUAUAUUUAUUAAAAAUAUCUCUAUUUCCAAAUGAAUCACAAAAAGAAUAUCCUACAUAUCAUAAAUAUAAUUAUAAUAAUAAUAUUAUAUUAGAUAAUAAUAUAAAAUUUAAUAAUGAACAAGAAAAACAUAAUAUCUAUUCAAAUCAUAUAUCUAAUGAUAAUAUUAAUAAUAUAAAUCAACUAUAUUUUAAUAAACAACAAAAUAAAUAUAAAAAUGUUAUAUCCCCUGCAGAUUCAAUCAGUUAUAUUAAUAUAUAUCGUCUUAAAUUCAUAUAUUUAUUAAUCAGUUCUGAUAAUUAUCUAUUCAACCAUUUUUACAAGCCAAAUGAACAUCUUUUCGAAGUCAUAAGGGAUAUUCACAUAAAAGAUAUAAAAAUGAAGGAAACCAUAUUUAGCAAGCACGUGAAAUAUUUUCUAAAGGAGAGCGGAUUAAAAAUAUCACACAACAUUGUUCAUAUAUAUCCAGUCAUAACCCUAACUAACUAUAAACAUACCUGUGUGGAACUCAUCCACAAUAUUUCAAUUAACAAAAAAAUGAAGGAUAGUCCAAAUAAGUUACAUAAAAAUUAUAUCAACCAUAAAAUAAAACAUCUUCAAUUUCUUGGAUGGAAUGUUAUCAUAUUAUAUGAAUAUGAAUGGAAAACGCUAAGGAAUUUUGAUGAAAAAUUGGAAUACAUAAAAAAAAAAUUUAAAAGCAUAAAAGAACAUGAACAGAAUGAAUUUAUGAAAUGA